AUGCGUUGUGCCGAGGGUGAAAGGGAGCCUGUAAACUGCAGACCUGUCCUGCGCUGCCAUUUCAGGGUGCUGACCUCAAAUAGCUUGUGCUGUCACGUGUGCAGACAGGUGUUGUUCCAGGCCCUGAAAUUCAAAGUGUCAGUAGUCUUUUUGCCAAAGACCCCCAAGGAUUGACAUGGCCCCUUGCCCAUUUAGUAUCAGGUAAAGUUUAAUAGUAAUUAAAUAGUAAUUUAAUAGGGCCUGAGAUGAUGGGGCUGAGAGCUGGGCCAGAAACCCUUGUGAGUCUGCAGCUUAACCCCACCGAGUAGGGAAGAUGAGACUGGCACAGGGACCUGGCACUGCCGCACCCCCAGCACUUGGGCCUUUGGCAGAAAUACCUAGUUUUCUAGAGAAAACACAAGCACCAAGUCCUGUCCUGCUCUGAGGCCCAUCCCAGCACAGGGAAUAGCAGUACUUGCCCCUUGGCAGCGGGGCAGGGACUAAUCUGGUGUUUCUUCCUCCCAUGCAGGACAUGCCUGGUUGCUGAGCAGAACCGAAGAGCAGGGUCCUGAGGAAGGGGCUGGAAAGCUGGAGCCACCAUGGGCUUCCCUGGGGAGUAUGGGUGAGGUGGAUUCCCUGAGCCCAGCAAAGGACCAGUGGCACAAGGGAUGCCCCAAAAGCAGGAGAAUGUAGCAGUGAACGAGGUGCCAUCUGUAGUUGGGCGUUGGAGUGAAGAAGGGGAACAAGCCCGAAACAGCCCAAGGUGCAGGGAUGAAUAUGUCAUGCUGAGACACCAGAAGAGAACGAAAGGAAAGGCGCACUGGAGAGAGACACUGCAUGCAAACCAGGGCAGUGUGGAGGAGCUGGUAGUGAGGCAGGAGCUCGCUACCAAGCCCAGGGGGAGAGGCCACUCCUGCCCUCAGUGCAGGAAAAGCUUUAGUUGCCCCUCGCGCCUGGCUCUGCACAAGAUAAGACAUGCUAGGAAGAAGCCCCAUGUAUGUGCCAUGUGUGGGAAGCACCUCACCUGCCUCUCAACCCUGGCUGCUCACCACCAGGUCCAUUCUGGACAGCUCCCCCACCGCUUCACCAAAAGGGGGAAGAGCUUUGUGUGCAGCUUGGAGCUGCUCAAAAAACAGUAUGUGCACAUGAAGAAGCAUCAGUACCGCUGCGUCACAUGUGGUAAGACCUUCACCCAUUUAUUCUCGCUGGUUCAGCACCGUCGGAUGCACUUGGGGAGGAAGACGCACCGCUGCAACAAGUGCAGGAGGAACUUCAUCAGCUGGCAAAAGUUGUCCCAGCACCGGUGUGUACAGAAGAGGCAGCAACCACACUGCUGCACGAAGUGUGGGAUGAGCUUCAGGCAGCCCUCCAGCCUGGCCAGGCACAGGUGCAUGCACACACAGGAGAAGCCGCAUCGUUGUUCUGUGUGUGGGAAGAGUUUUGCUCAAUCCUCCACCCUUACCCUGCACCAGGCCCUCCACACAGGGGAGAAGCCACAUCAGUGCUCUGUGUGUCGGAAGAGCUUCACCUACAUCUCCAGGCUGAAACAGCACCAGCGCAUCCACACAGGGGAGAAGCCAUAUCAGUGCUCUGUGUGUCGGAAAAGCUUCACCCACUCCUCCAGCCUGACAUAUCACCAGCUCAACCACACAAGGGAGAACCCACAUCAGUGCUCUGUCUGUGGGAAGAGCUUUACCCAAUCCUCCCAGCUAGCUGAGCACCAGCACAUCCACACAGGGGAGAAGAGACAUCAGUGCUCUGCAUGUUCGAAGAGCUUCACGCACUUCUCCAGCCUAACACAGCACCAGCGCAUCCACACAGGGGAGAAACCACAUCAGUGCUCUGUCUGUGGAAAGAGCUUCACCCGCUCCUCCUCCUUGACUAAGCACCAGCGCAUCCACACAGGGGAGAAGCCACAUCACUGUUCUGAGUGUGGGAAGAGCUUUACCCAAUCCUCCCACCUGACCCGGCACCAGCUCAUCCAUACACGGGAGAAGCCACAUCAGUGCUCUGUGUGUGGGAAGAGCUUCACUUGUAUCUCCAGCCUGACACAUCACCAGUGCAUCCACACUGGGGAGAAGCCAUAUCACUGCUCUGUGUGUGGGAAGAGCUUCACCCGCUCCUCCUACUUGAACAAGCACCAGCGCAUCCACACAGGGGAGAAGCCACAUCGCUGUACUGAGUGUGGAAAGAGCUUCACCAAAUGCUCACACCUUGCCCAGCACAAGCGCAUCCACACAGGGGAGAAGCCACAUCGCUGUUCUGAGUGUGGGAAAAGCUUCACCCAAUCCUCCACCCUUGCCCGGCACCAGCGCAUCCACACAGGGGAAAAGCCACAUCAGUACUCUGUGUGUGGGAAGAGCUACACCCAAUCCUCCAACCUGGCCAGGCAUCAGCUGAUCCACACAGGGGAGAAGCCACAUUAGUGCUCUGCAUGUGGGAAGUGUUCCACACUGUCCUCCAGGUGGGCCUAGCCCCAGCAUGUCUACACAGGGGACAAGCCACAUCAGUGCUCUGUGUGUAGGAAGAGCUUCCCCCACUCUUCCCAUAUGGCCCAGAACCAGCUUAUCCACAAAAGGGAGAAGCCAGAUCAGUGCUAUGAGUGUGGGAAGAGCUUCACCCACUCUUCCAAGCUGGCCCAGCAGCAGUGCAUCCACAAAGGGGGAGAAGCCACAUCAUUGCUCUUAGUGGAGGCAGAGCUUCACCUACUCCGGCAGCCUGUGCUGAACACCAGUGCAUCUACACAGGGGAGAAGCUACAUCGGUGCUCUGAGUAUUGGAAAAGCUUCCCCCAUCUCUCCCACCUGUCCCAGUAUCAGCACAUCCACACCCAGAACCAUCUCUAAUUCUGCCAGCUGUGCAGGAAGCCCUGGGAGAUGUCUGCCUGCUCAGCACCCACCAGUGGUGCAUUCAGACAAGCACCCCCAUGCUGGUGACCUGAACAAAGAGUUCCCCCAGGCUUUGUCCCUUGUAGGGUACAGUUGGAGUCCAGAGGCUUACCCACAAGUUUUAAUUGUGGGGAAGGGGUAAGAAGAAACACCUCAGGCAGAGAUCAGCCCCAAUGAAGGGGAGAUGAGAUUUGUUUUUUGUAAAAAUAUAUUUCUCUCUCUAUA